AUGCGCGUCGGAAACAGAGUCAAGCACAUCUUCAGCUUCUCGUUCACAAAUCGUCGACCGAAUCGGUCCAUGUGGAAAGAGAAAUCCCCCGCCGUUGUCACGGAUGAUGAUACCUCCUCUUAUUCGGACGAUUCAGACUCCGACGAUGCGAUUCACAUCUCUGAAGACGAAGGCUCGGAUCCCUCAGAUGUCGACGUCGACGAUGAUGACGAGUAUGCGACGUCGCCGAAUAAGCGCGUGCGGAUAAUCAGCUGGAGGCUGGAUAAUAAUAAUAAUAAGAUGGUGCCGGGACGGUGUCGAUGGACACUAGAGCAGGAGAGACGCUUACAGGCUGCGCAGCAGCAGUUGGCGCGAUGUCAGAAGGCGUGGAGCUCGGAGCAGGAGGUUUGGUUGAAGCAUAUCGAAAAGCUGCAUGAAGAAAAAGAAGCACACGAGGACUUUGUACAUCUCCGCGCGAAACAACAAGAAGAUGAACGGGUGCAUUUCCGGAAAGCGUUGAAGCGCCGGGAGCAGGAGCAGGGGGAUUCAGGUACGGCGAGUGAGGAGGAUGAGGGUCUACGGAGGAAUCAGAGUUUGAGUCGCUUGAGGCGGUUACGGAGGUUUUCAUGA